AUGUCCACACGCGCUGCUCCCAGAUCCCCAAAGUUUAGCCCGGGCUGCAAGGUGUCCCUUUUCCCUGGGGGGCCACGAGGAGGCAUACAGAAGUCUGAUGAUGGAGAGCUGUGCCGGAAGACUUAUGCCAAAGGGCCCCUUUUAGCACUGGGUAACCCGACAACAGUGAGACCCGCAAGCGGCCCCCCUGGGCCGCAGGGGGGUGGGGGGCCUUGGAUUCACCCCCCUGGGAACCAGUUUGGGGCCCCCGGGAGGUUUGCCCCCCCGGACCACAGGCCGGAAAGAGAUUGGGGUCAGGGGCAGGCAGUCAAACCGGGAGGUCUAUUGGGUCAGCACGGUGGGGGUGCCAGGAUGGGCCAAGGGGGGCACCUUUUGGUUGAUCCCACGGGACCCCCCGCCGAGCGCCUCAGGGUCUAA